AUGGCCAUACGCCGGGUUAAGUUCAAUAUGAGUGAGCUAGCAAAGCGUGCGGCUGAAUCAGUCGGCUUUCCACACGAUCAAUGCGUUAAUGUUGAGAGACUCCCGGAUGGGAUGUUCAAUAAAGCUUUCCUCUUUACCAUGCAGGACGGUACACAGGUUGUAGGCAAGGUGCCGAAUCCGAAUGCUGGACGGCCACACUAUACCACAGCCAGUGAAGUGGCAACGAUGGAUUUUGUAAGGAAUAAGCUGAGUACUCCGGUACCGAAGGUUUUGGCUUGGAGCUCAAACGCAAGUGAGAACCCUGUUGGUGCAGAAUACAUUAUUAUGGAGAAGGUUGGAGGUAUCCAGCUGAAUAAAGUCUGGCCACGGAUGAAUAUCAAUCACAGAUUUGAGCUCGUCAAGACAAUAGCCAGGUAUCAAAAAGCCUGGAUGUCGAAGUCGUUAAUCCAAUAUGGGAGAAGAGGGUUCCUUGACGACGGUAGGAUCGACGUGGACUUCGAUCGGGGCCCCAGGGAUAAGCUGUACGGAUACAAAUUAGCAAUUGGGUUCCGAGAACUCGCCUGCGUACAGGAAAUGCCCCAAUUACCCCGGUCAAUCCUGGGUUUAUACGGUCCCGGCACAUACCGUCGCUCACGAUCGAAGAAGAUAGCUGCUAUUGAGGACUAUCUCCGCAUGGUGCACUUCUUCCUCCCAACGGAUGACUCAAUAUCGUCCGCAUUCUUAUGGCACCCUGAUCUCCACGUUGCGAAUAUCUUUGUUAAUCCCAAAAGCCUAUCCGAGGUUGUUGGCAUCAUUGACUGGCAGUCCAGUGAGGUUUUACCUCUUUUCGACCAUGCGCGUCAGCCAUAUUUCCUUGACUAUGAUGGCCCUCCAGCAACUAUGGAGUUUCAGCAGACAUCGAGCUUUGACAUGAUGCUAUUCGCUCAGAAUUUGCUCAUUGACGGAGAAGCUUUGUAUCAGGCCAGGAUACUUGAGCUAGAAGAGGAGUGGUCAUGUCUCCCAGGCGUACAGGCUUCCGGAAAUCCACCAUUUCCUUUGCAAUAUACUACCGGCGAUGUCAGAUCUAUUCACGAAGAUGCAGAUAAGGCAUCCCGAAGCAUGGAGCUGAUGCGGGGCGUGAAAGAGUCUCUGGGUGAACUGUGGCCAGAGAAAGGCAUCGUGCCGCUUGAGCGGUAUGAUGAAGUUAGGGAGCUUCUCAAGCAUGUUCAAACAGACUUAAUUAACCAGCUCGCAAAUUCCGAAGAAGAGAAAAUUGGCUGGGACAAGGCAUGGCCAUUCGAUGACUGAUGUGAGGUUCGCUUCUGAAACACAAGUAAUAGGGACAUGGCUGAAUUUGCAGAGUCCUCCAUCUCCUUCACUGAGAGCAGCCCCCAGUCGUUUGGUUUCGUCGUUUUCUACUUCGCGUUAUAUCCCCUCCUCCAUUAUCCCACCUCAGUACUAG